AUGUGGUUCGGUGGCAUCCUCAUUGCCGGACUGGCCGGCAGUGCGGUCGCUUCGUUUCAAGCAUCCAUCUCGGGGCCUGCUGCAGUCACGGCUGCGAGCAAAAACGAUGGCGUGAGCAAAGGAAAGAACAAGUGGGUCGCCUACAAGGGUGAUGGCUCCAUCGAGCAUGGAUGGCCGAAGAAGUCCCAAUGGGUUUCGUUCGAGUACAUGUGGACAUCCAACAAGAAAAAUCUUUACAACGGUUGCAAGGAGCACAACGUGGCGCUCAACACCGAAAAGGAGAUUGCGGGCAUUUUCAAUGCGAUUCAACAAGUUGCCAAAGAGUCCAAGGUGGACCAUCGCUUCAUCCUGGCAGAAAUUCUCCAAGAGUCAACCGCAUGCGUACGGGUUCAGACCACAAAGGCUCCGGGCGACGUCGAGAUCUUCAACCCGGGCCUUAUGCAGGAUCAUGGUGGCCGGAACACUUGUAACUGCGAGGUUGCAGAUGAGUACAACCAAAAGUGUGGCGUCGUAAAACCUUGCCCAAACAAAACCAUCCUCGGUAUGCUGCGGGACGGCGUACAAGGGACAACCAAGGGUGACGGUCUCACUGGACUCAUCACCAAGGCCACGAAACAAGGAGCCAAAGACGCUCAAAUAUACUACACCGCGGCGUGGUACUACAAUAAAGGAGAUACAGGCAAGAAGGUCGGCCAGGAAAUCGGAGAAUAUGCUCAAGAUAUUGCAAAUCGCCUCACAGGCUGGCUGGGAGACAAGAGGGCAUAA